UAUUGUGUACAUCUCUUGGCGUAGUUGUUUGGUAGCUUUUCAGCGCACCAUACACGCCUUGUCGCCGUACCCGUCCGCUAUGCCUGCUACGGGUUUUGUUAACCCAGGCCUUGAGCUGCCCGUGGCUAAGAAAACCGAGUUCGACGCGUUAACAAAUUAUGGAAGUAUCGCGUUUAUAAGUGCAUGUGCGGCUACAUUUUUCGCCAUCAUAUUGUUUGCUUGUCACGUGUGCGCCAAAAAGAAGUUACUAUGGUUUAGAAGUAAAAGUAAAUUGCCGACAGCUGCAUCGGAACCGCAUUUGGCUUUUUAUCAUCGGAAGCCAACUACAGCUGUAAAGGCUGUUAAAAAUACAUCUGGAUCGCAUUAUCUGAAGAAAAGUCCAAGUCCGACAGGCAGUAAAACCCCUGUUGGCGAUGGAAGCGUUAGUCCCGCGGGAUCAGAAAAAACUUCAAAACAUUCCCCAACCAUAAGUCCUACUUGUGAACAAAAACCCGUGCAACCUCCAACACAUGCUUUAUCAGUUGUUCAUGAAAAUGAAAUAGACAACAAGUUAUCGUCAAAAAACAUUAAUUCUCAGAAUACAGAAACAGGGCUAAAUGACGGGACUGGUAAAAUGGGCGUGCUGUUUUUCAAAUUACGGUACAAGAAAGAUAAAAAAGUUCUUCUAGUUAAUAUAAACAAAUGCAUGGACUUACAACCAAAAGAUAAAAAUACUGGUACGAGCGAUCCUUACGUGAAGUUGCAAUUGUUGCCCGAUAAAGAACAUAAAGUCAAGACUCGGGUGCUAAGAAAAACAAGAAAUCCAGUAUACGACGAGGACUUUACAUUUUUCGGAAUACAAACUAAUAAACUCCAAUCUUUGACAUUGCACUUUGCCGUUCUCAGUUUUGAUCGUUACUCCAGGGACAGUUUAAUAGGCGAAGUAUUUUUCACUCUAAACGAAAAAGGUGUGCUCGACUCAAUUGAAAAAGAACAAGUAUCCUUUCAAAAAGACAUUGUUCUUCGCAGUAUCAAACAAACACAAAUUGCAAAUCGUGGAGAGUUAUUGGUGUCUUUGUGUUGGCAACCCGCAACAAGACGAGUUACGGUAGUCGUUCUAAAAGCUAGAAAUUUGCCAAAAAUGGAUUUAACCGGAUUAGCUGAUCCAUUUGUAAAAAUUAACUUCUUGGUGGAUGGCACGCGUAUUUCUAAAAAGAGAACACAUAUGAAAAAACGCACUUUAAAUCCAGUUUACAAUGAGUCGUUUGUAUUUGAUUUACCAACAUCAGUGGUUGAUUUGCAAAAUGUGUGCAUAGAGUUUUGCGUUUUCGAUCAUGACAGAGUUACUAAAAAUGAAAUCAUCGGGAGAGUGUUAAUGGGACAUCCAGAUAACCCAUGUGCAACGGCAGAACGUCACUGGAAAGAAGUGAUGAAUGCUCCACGAAGACAAAUUGCUGACUGGCAUAAAUUAGUCGUUUGAGAUUUGAGUUGAAAAGAUAUCAAAAUAACAAUACCACACCGGGUCAUCUCAAAUUCUUCUUAUAUUUUUGGUUUAAAAAUCCCAUUUUUUUAUUUACAUACUACUAAACUCGAAGUGCUUAAAAACAGCGUUCGAAUCAUAACGUUAUAUAAUCCAAACUCUGUUUAUAGCCAUAUCUUCCAUAGUACUCUGUAUGCUAUGCACACUAAAAAAAAAAUGUCCAUUGUACACCUACUAUAGAAAAACAUACAAUACAUUCCUAUAUUGUUUAUUAAAGCUUAUGGUCACUACUUUUUA